UGUGUCAGUUUAGAGUUCAGUGGUACUAUCGGCUUAACAUGCUCUUUCCGUUUCCUUUUUCGCGUGCGCCGUCAUCAUGAGAGCCAAGGGAUUGUUGAAGGAAUAUGAAGUCGUUGGCCGCAAGCUGCCAACCGACAAGGAGCCACAAACUCCUUUGUACAAGAUGCGCAUCUUUGCUCCCGACAACAUUGUCGCGAAAUCUCGCUUCUGGUACUUUUUGCGCCAGCUGAAGAAGUUCAAGAAGACCACCGGUGAGAUUGUUUCCCUGAAGCAGGUGUACGAGACAUCGCCAAUCAAGAUAAAGAACUUUGGCAUCUGGCUGCGCUACGAUUCCCGUUCCGGCACACAUAAUAUGUACCGUGAAUACCGUGAUCUGACCGUGGGUGGUGCCGUUACGCAGUGUUAUCGCGAUAUGGGUGCUCGUCAUCGUGCUCGUGCUCACUCUAUUCAGAUAAUCAAGGUAGAGCCAAUUCCUGCAGCGAAGACGCGUCGCGUGCAUGUAAAACAAUUCCACGACUCAAAGAUCAAGUUCCCAUUGGUACAACGCGUUCACCACAAGGGCAACAGAAAGUUGUUCUCGUACAGAAAGCCAAGAACCUACUUCCAGUAAGGCCGUGGCUAAAGGCCAAUGUAGAAACAUUUUGGUUUUUAACAUCAAUAAGGAGCAAGUCUGUAAGAAUAUUUUCAAUAAAUGAGAACGUUGAAGAGUUACCCGAGAAA